AUGGAUAAUGUUAUGGCUCAAGCUACUCAAACUUUGUUAGGUUUCCAUAAUGGUAGAGCUGAUGAAUUCUGUGAAAUAGGGAAGUUUCAGAAAAAUAAUCCACCUACAUUCAAGGGAAUAUAUGAUCCUGAAGGUGCUUAUAUUUCGAUUCAAAAGAUUGAUAAAUUUUUUAGAGUUAUUGCAUGUACUGAUGAACAUAAGGUAUUCUUGAGAACCCAUAUGCUAUAUAAAGAGGAUAAAUAUUGGUUGGAUAAUGCUCACCAAAUAUUGGAGGAAACAUGUACUAUUAUUACUUUGGAGAAUUUAAAGAAAGACUUCUUAGAGAAGUAUUUCUUGGCAGAUGUUUGUAACCAUAAGGAGUUUGAGUUCUUGGAGCUGAAGCAAGGUAACAUGAUUAUGACUGACUAUGCAACCAAAUUUGAAAAACUAUCUAGGUUUUGUCCCCUCUACAAUGGUGAUGGUUCUGAAGGUUCCAAGUGUGUAACAUUUGAAAGUGGUAUGUGUCUUGAGAUCAAGCAGUUUAUUGGUUAUCAAGAGAUUAUCCAUUUUCAGUGCUAG